ACGUGUAGCAUGCUCUAAAAACUUAAAUAUGUCAUAUUAUUUUAUAAAUAGUUUUAUAUUAAACUAAUAAUUGUGAUUUAGUGUUUAUCAUUAUAAUUAUUAUUAUUAUACCAAAAUGAAUGAAAGUAACGAAGAAUUAUUAGACAAACACUUAACAGUGGACGAGCUGUUAAAAACCAGAGGAAUAUAUACAAGAGUAUUGGAUGAAUAUACUCAAGUUUCUAGAGUGCUUCCGACGAGAGGAGAUAAAUUUUUUGAGCCAAAUGGAUCUUGGCUUGAAAAUAAACAGAUAGAUACAAAUUUACAAACAACUAAAGAUUUACUGAAACUUGAGAGAGUAAACCGAAUAUCCGCUAUGGCGUCAGCACAAUGGAUACCUGAAGAAAAGAGAGCAAAAGUUACCAAGAAAUCAGGAAUUGAUUGGAAUAAUUAUGGACAUACUCUUAAUUCCAUUACUUAUUUAAUUCCUGAAGAAGCUUUAUUACUUCUAGAAACGAAUAAUUUAGAGUUGACAUGCGAUGGAGUAUCUCUUUCAAUCCAACAAGCUUAUGAAUUACUCAUCAAUUCACCUAAUUCAGGGUGUACAUUAGAUGAAUACAGAGUUUUUAGUCAAUUAGCAAGAUUAGGGUAUCGUUUGCAAAAAUUUUAUUACAGCAAAACAACUGCUGAAAAACUUGAAGAAUCUUUACAGCCUAAAAAAAAAGUUAUUAUAGAUCCUGAAAAUGGCAAAUGGAUGGGAAGUGUUUCUGAGCAUUCCACUAGCCAUAAUUUAGAUUUAGCCAAGAGUAAUGAAGAAAAUAAGGGCGUUGAAGAAGUAAUAAAUAGUAUUAUCGAUAAAAUAGAAAUAAAAGAAAAUGAGUUACGUAAUAGUGAAAAAUCUGUUGAAGAAGUUCGUAUUCAAAAGAAUGGCGGUAGUAAAAUUGACACAAAUGAUGAUGAACUAAAUGAAGAGAAAAAAGAAAAAUUAAAGGAAAGAAGUAAACCUCGAUUAGAAAUAGUAUCAGAAGAGACUGUAGUCGAGCCAGUAAAAUUAAUGAUACCUCCAAAUAAAUCUUUGGAUCCAGAUUGUGAUACAAAAUUUACUUGGCCUGGAUCAAGAAUUCAAAGGAAUGUCAAACUCUUGCCAAAAAGAACAGAUAAAAAAAUUUUGCUCUUUUCUUCACACCAGUCUAAAAAUGAUAAAAAAACAUCAGAUCAAAAUUCUGAUAAACGAAAGUCUGAAUCAAUUGAUCCAAAAUUACAUAAAAAAUCCAAACAUGAAAUUAUAGAGUUAUCGGAUGAUGAUAUCGAAGAAAUUCCAAUUGCAAUGACAAGAAUGGAAAUGUUGAAUUGUUUUCCAAACAUUGCAUCUAAAGAUUCUAUAACCCAGGUUAUUUCAAAAAAUUACAUUCCACCAAGUAUAAAACUUCAAAAAAAUUUUUAUGAAUAUGAUCGUGACCAAUUGAGUCGAAUGCGACAAUCUAGGCAUUCAGAUGAAAAUACUGAUUCGGAAGUUAGUGAAAUUACCGAAAACAAUCAAGAACAUUCUUGUGAGAGCGAUUCUACGGAAUUAUCAUUACACUCGAAUUCUAGGUCUACAGUAUCUACACAUGUUUUUGAAAGAUCAAGACCUUGGUCAAAUACUCUCCUGAGAGACAAUCAAAUUUGGCAGGAUGAUUAUCAACAGUCUUUUUUUCAAAAUGGUCAAGGGAAUUAUUUUUAUUCAAACAGAUUUUCUAAUUCUCAAUUCUCUCGUGGUGGAUGUACUUCAAAUAAUUUUAUUCAACAUAAAAUUAUGGCUAGUUGUUCAACAGGUACAAAUGUUUAUAGGCCAAAUUUUCUCUCAAACAGAUGGCCUUUGUUUCAUCUCAACUUUUACAGAAAUAUUGCAAUGACUACUUUUGCAUCACGUACAUCAUCGAUGAUACAAAAUACUAUGAAUAUUUAUCAACAACAUAUACGUAAUAACAUGAUGUACGGGAGGUUUAAUAUGAGAUUUUCCAAUUUUUCGAGAUUUUCAGGUUCUCAGGGAUUUUUUUCUGCGCAAACACCACUCUCAAUUACUGAGAGAUAUCCACAAUCAAAACAAAUUUUACAAAUUAAAGCUAAAUCUUCUAAUCAAUUGAAUGGUGAUGAGAAGGAUCAAACAUCUUUCCUUAAAAUACCAGCAAGUUCUUGGUCAGAUUUGAAGAAAAAAUGGAAAGAAGCAAAAACGAUAACUAUCGAAGAUGAAGAUGAUAAAAUGGAUUGUAGUGAAGUAGAAGUUGUAGAGCAAACAGUUCAACCAUUAAUCAAUAUAAAAAAUGUAAAAACUUUUGCAGAAGUUUAUGAAAGGCUAAAAAUUAUUAAACCUGCUCAAGAAAAGACUGUUAGGAAGAAGAAAGGGGAAUAUAAAAUUUCUUAUAAAGUUUAUUCAAAUACGCAGAAUUAUAAAAAAUCGAGUCCCGGUCCACCAAUGUUUCAUCUAGUAAUAACAAGCAUCAAUAAAAAUUUUCCACAACCAGUUGAACUAAAUAGACUGCAACAAGACGGCGAAAGUGUUGCCGUAGUUUUUGCAUUUGUUUCUGAAGCAACAAUAUCAUUUAUGCAAGCUGGAAUAGUUUCACUUCCUAAUUUAGUUGAUAAUAAAUAAAUGUAUUUUCUAUAAGUAAUUGAAAUUGAUUUUUAGUUUUUUUUGAAUUUGAUACUUAUGAAAGUUAACAGUAAAUAUAUCUGAUAUUUUGUUUUGUAUGUAAAAUAUUUAUAGAAGAGGAAAAUAAUUUUAAUA